AUGUCGUUGCUCUCCGCCGCCUCCGCCCCGUUUCAGCUGCUGGAGAUCAAUCUCAUUUCUGCCCAGGAUCUCGCCUCUGUUUCUAAACCCACCAAAGCCUAUGCCGUCGUUUCCCUCCCCCCUCAUCGCAAGCUCACCACCCAGAUCGACCACGACGGCGACACCAACCCCACCUGGAACGAGAAGUUCGUCUUCCGCGUCGACGAACAUUUCCUCCACGACGACACCUCCACCAUCAUCAUCGACAUCUACGCCUCCUCCUGGCUCCGCGACAUUCUCAUCGGCACCGUAGGUGUUCUCCUCCGCAACCUCCUCCCUCCCUCCGCGCUCUCCGGCAAUCGCAAAUCCAAGUUGCAAUUCGUUGCUCUGCAGAUUCGCCGACCCUCGGGUCGGCCCAGAGGGAUCCUAAAUAUAGGGGUGAACCUCGUCGAUAGCACCAAGCGCAGCAUGCCCUUGUACUCGGAACUCAGCGCAUCCGCCGUCGGGGAUUAUGACUUCAACCCCGUCCAGAAAACACCCCAACAUGACCUUCCCGACCCCGUCAAACCAAAGCUCUUGACGCUUCAGCGUUCUCAGAGCGAAAAGAAUGACUCCACCAUCAAUGAUUACGUCUAUCAUCCGACUCCUGCUCAUAAGAAACAAGGUUCCGGGUAUAACGAAGGAUCCGAAACUGGGGUACAGCAGCCCAAAGGAGUGAUCGUGAACGCAAAUGGGUCUCUGUGCUCGGACGUAGGGCCUUCGCCAUCGGUUGUGGCUGCGGCAAUUGCCAAGGGAUUGUAUCCGGUGCCAUUAACGGUUGCAAGAAGCUCGGGACUGGAUGAGUGGUCGGAAAAGAACAAUACGGAAGGGAUGAGGACGAAGAUGGAGAGAUGGAAGACGGAACUUCCGCCGGUGUACGAUCACACGGAGUACCGGAAGCUGAAGCAAACGUCGAAGCGACAUGCGAGAGCGAGGAAUAGAAAUGGGUUGUUUUCGUGCUUUGGGAAGGCAAUGGGGUGUGAGUUUUCGAUUACGUGCGGAGGGGGUAACCGUAAAAAGAAGUACGGGGCGGGCAAGAGCCAGCUCACGCGGUCUGAUCUCACAUACGAUGAAUCUUCCUAUAUGUGA